AACCAGUUUCGCAGUCUAUCGAAAUAUAGGUAUUCUCUAAAUAUUUGUUGUCUGUUUGUUUUUGUAUUAUGUGGUUAACUAAAGCCGGCUUCUUUUGAAUAAAAAAAAACACAAAAUCAUGAGCAUAAAGAUAUUUUUACCGACGAAUUACUUUUAUGUGAAACGCUCCUGCAACCUAUAUGGUCAAUUGCACAUUAGCGACGACAAUGUUGUGGUCUACUAUGUGGUCGAUGUCGAUGACACCAACACCGAUGACAGCAAUAAAACAGCAACAACAACAAUAAUGGACAGAGGAGAAUGCAAUCAUAUGCGUUUCUUGGGUGCCAUACAAUGCAGCGACUCGUAUGCGGAUAGCAAACAUUGCAAUGCACACGACAUGAUGCUAUGCUUUACAUACAACAAUGAAUCCCCCAAUGUCUCGCUGAUGUUCACUGGCAUAACACCCGAAAAUCUAAACCAAAUCAAAUUGAUACUGUACGACAAACAAAUCGUGCGUAGUCUGAUCAUUAAGGGCUACAAUACUCUCAAUCAUUGGACAAUGCGCGAAACGUCGCCGCGUCAAAUUAAUGAUGAAUGCGAUUUCUAUAUGCUCGCACGAUUAGUGCAACCGGAGCCGGGAGCGAUACGCAACAAAUCGGAGGGUCUAUGGUUCUAUGGCAGUCAACCGUUAUGUUUGCUGGCUAAUUUACCAAUGCAAUUGUUUAAGUACAUCGUGGGCAAUGCGGUGGUUAACGGCAUCAUUAUGCACACGGUCAUCUUUAAGCACUAUAAGGAAUGGCAGACGAUUUAUGCAGCCGGUUCCAGACUGACGAACAUUAUGAUUGAUCGUGCACUGGGCAUAUUGUUGAUGUUGCUGUUGUUCACACUUGCCUCGCAUCCUGGCGAUUUCCUCAUUCAGAUCUCACACAUCAUCAUCAGUCAGCUGUACAGUCUGUUAAAGGUUUUAGAGGGUAGCCCAAUUGGUCUCAAGCUAAACAUACAUCUAAAUAAUUUCUUUCUCGAUUGCUUUAAAUACCACAUUGAAUUGUGGUCCACAUUUUUGGACUUAAUUGAGCCAAUUGUGCGACAAGUGUUUCUGGCAAUUGGCGCAUUCGGUUGUCUGGGCUUUACCUAUCAGAUCGCAUUGCUCGCUGAUCUAAUCUCAAUUGUCGGUCUGCAUGCGCAUUGCUUUUACGUCUAUACCAAAGUAUUAAAUAAUGUGGGAGUGAAAGGACUGACUGUAUUAUGGCAAGUGGUGCGUGGCAAUCGUUAUAACAUUCUUCGAAAUAGAAUUGAAGCACACAAUUAUAUGAAUCGCCAGCUAUAUCUUGCCACAAUAUUUUUCUCGGCUAUUUUAUUCUUGUUUCCCACAACGCUUGUCUAUUACGUUGUUUUUGCUACACUAAAGGCAUUAACGUUCGCUACAUUGGCCAUUUUGGAGUUUUUUCGACGCAAGAUUUUAAAUUUCCCCAUAGAAAUGUUUCUGAAAUGUGUGAAAAAAGGAUUUAACGAAAUUGACUGCCUGCGAGUAUUGGACAUUCCGCUUCAAAAACAAUUAUAUUUCAACUAUCGAAAUUCUAAAAUUGUAAUAUUUGUAUAUAAACUGCAAGUUUAAGACAAUUAAAAACAAGCUAAACAUAAACCAC